UUGACUCCGCCACAAAAAAGAAAGAAAAGCGCGCGGCAUUCGGGGAAAAUUCGGCAAUACGGGAAUCGAUCGAUCGAUUUGCAUAAAUUCGUGGUGGUUUUUGUUUUUUGUUUGUUUUUUAUGUUGUUAGCAGCAGCAGCAGCAGUAUGAAAUAUAUAAAUUGCACACAGCCCGCCAUCGAUGACUUUCCCAGAGACCUGUUCUCGGAGGCGCAAAGACAGUCCGGUGCUGUUGUACUUCAUGUUAUAGCCAGUUUAUAUUUAUUCGUAGCCUUAGCCGUAGUGUGUGAUGAGUACUUUGUGCCAGCAGUUGAGAAAAUAUGUGCAGCACUCAACAUGUCCAACGAUGUGGCGGGGGCCACGUUCAUGGCCGCGGCCACCUCCGCCCCGGAGCUGUUCGUCAACGUGAUAGGCACCUUCAUCACAGAGGGUGACAUCGGUGUGGGCACCAUUGUGGGUUCGGCGGUCUUUAAUAUCCUGGCUGUGGCCGCUUGUUGCGGCAUUGGAGCUGGCAUGACUAUACCCCUGGAUUGGUGGCCACUGACGCGGGAUAGUAUUGCCUAUGGUGUCACGGUCGCCAUUCUUAUUUGUGUGAUGCAUGACGAGCGGGUCGAGUGGUAUGAGGCCUUGAUUUUGGUCUCUUUAUAUGCCGUCUAUCUGGCGGUUAUGUAUUUCGAUAAAUCAUUCCAGAAGUGUGCUAAAGGUGGCGUGAAGCAGGCGCGUUCGCGCAGCCGGUCCUCCAACUGCAGCAUACACACAAAGAACAGCAAUGAAAAGGAACCAGAGCUCGUAGAGAAUCGCAUUUGCCAGAAUAUGGCCAGCAUCCAGCUGAACGGAGGACUCAACAAUGAUCAGGCCAAGGCGGCUGCUGGCACUGCUACCACCUCGAUUAGCACUAUCACAACUACGACUACAGCAAUGACCACAACAACAUCAACAACAACAACAACUACCACACGCACACCAAGUGGCGAUGGAGGAGGAAGUGGUGGAGGAGGAGCAGCAGCCAUCAUUGCACAAUUGGCACCACUAGAUGGAGCUGAGGCAGAAGCCCAACCAGCGACGGUAGCUUCUGGCGAGGAUCGCGAAGAGGAGGGCUAUUCCCUGCUCACAUAUCCCAAGGACAAGAGCUGCUUUGCCCAGUUCACCUGGCUCAUUAUAUGGCCAAUUCAUCUGCUCUUCCGCAUCGCCAUUCCUGACUGCAAGAAGGCCAAGAACAACAAGAUCUUCCCCCUGACCUUUAUAAUGUGCAUUGUCUGGAUCGGUUCGCUGUCCUAUGUGGUGGCGUGGAUGAUAACUAUAAUUGGUGACACACUGAAAAUACCCGACUCUGUGAUGGGUAUUACCUUCCUGGCAGCUGGAACUAGUGUUCCCGAGGCGGUCUCCAGUGUGAUUGUGGCGAAGCGCGGACAUGGAUCGAUGGGUAUCUGCAAUUCGAUUGGAUCGAACACCUUCGAUAUCCUGCUGUGCCUGGGCGUUCCCUGGCUAAUCAAGGCCGUAUUUUUCCCCAUACAGCCGGGCCAGAACUAUGUGGCAAUCAAUUCGGCCGGAUUGGAGUACUCGGCAAUCACUCUGCUGUCCACGCUAUUUCUGCUCUACCUGACCUUCUCCACGAACAAGUUCAAGCUGGACAAGAAGGUGGGCACCGCCUGUUUGGUGAUGUACCUGGUCUUCAUGGUCUUCGCCUCCCUUAUCGAACUCAAUGUAUUCUUCCGGGUCAAUCUGCCCACCUGUGGUCGAUCAUAAGCUGAUUAGGAAGAGGAUGUGGUGGGGAUUGUGAUCCUGGGAGGAUGGAAGGACGACGAAGCAUGACGAUGUACGAUUUAGAAUGGAUGAAUGGCGCUAAGAACAAAAACAAAACAAAAAAAAAAAAGAAAAGAAAACAAGGAAACAUAGAAAUCUAGCUGGUUCCAAGCCCGAGUGCAGUCGUUUAAUUAAUUAAUAUGUAUUUUCUGUUCUAUUCUAUCUACCUUGAUAGUUGAGUUACGUUAUACGUUAUGCUGUUAUUGUAAUAAUACUUUUUUUUUAUUAUUAUUAUUAUUAUUAAAGUAGACUCUUUCCACGACCUUCGGUUGCUACGCAACGAAAACCAAAAAGACAAAUGCAAAUAGUUGAUGAGGAGAAAUGAAAAGAUAAAGCGAAGAAUAAAAUGGAGCGAAGGGGAGAAAAACCAAAACCAAAACAAAAACCAAAACCAAACCAAACAAAUUCAAUAAUGUAUUUA